AGAUGAGACUUCUAGCAAAUUGAGAUUGUUUUGUGCCAAAGCAAGUGCAUCCGUGUUGUGUGUCGUUGUGAUACCAUUUCAUGCCGAACUCAACUUCUGGCUGAUGAUGAGUAUAGUGAACCUGGGGAAAUCCUUGUGAAUAAUAAUCUCUGUGUAUAUACUCUUAGAAUCCUUGUGACAAACUGUGUGACUGUGGCAGUUGUGGCAGGCAUCCUGCGAGAGAUUUCAAAUUUAGUCUUUUUAACCAUUUGCAUCACAUUUUCAGAGAUCAGUGUUCUUCAGUCAAGAUAAACCAUUCAACGUGUGUCGUUAUAAAGUUUCGCGUCAAAAUCGGAGGCCAGUGAAGAUCGUUUGUGUGGUUGAUUUUUAUUAUACAUUACAUCAAAAAAAAAAAAAAAAAAUUAUUAUUAUGAGAAAUCUUUACGGCAACAACAAUCAAUCCGAUCAGGAAGAACUUGUUGAAAACAUUUUUGCAACAUCUGAUGAAAAUGAAGACGAAGAUGACGACGACAAUGACGAGGAGGAGGAUGAAGAAGAAGAGGAUGAGGAUAACGAUGAAGAUGACGAUGAUGAUGAACAAGAUGUAUUCUCAGAUAGAAUACAUAUAGAUGCUGAAACGGAAGAGCUUAUUUCGAUAUCUUUAGUUAAGUCAUCAAGUAUAAAUAAAAAAAAUGACUGCGAUAAUGCCUUACUGCAAAUGGAUCGAUGUCCUAAUAUAAUUCUACGCGAACAACAACAGCGAAAACAAAAUUUGGAUGCCGUUCGAAGAACCAAAAGCUCAUUUUGUUUACUUUUGUUAUUCGGAAUGGGUUUGAUGGUGACAUCUGCAUUACUACUGGUGCUAAUUCCAUUGUAUCAGUCACAAUUUAUUGCUGAAUCUACGAAAAAUAACUCGCAUGGGAUGCUGCUUUUUGUGCAACCGCUUGCUACAUUAUUUCUUAUUUUAACAACAAUUAUUUGUUCGGCUGUUUUUAAAUGGAACAUAAGAUUGCUGAAACUACCAACAAUUCCUGGAAAAAAAUUAAUUUUUAUAUCCUUGUGCUUUGGACUAGCUUCAACUUUAUUUAUUGUAGGAUCGUAUAAGAGAGUUGCUUGUCAUUUACAAGAUCCCUUAAAAGGAACUGCUUUAGCAUUUUCGUUACUUUUUUACUUCUUUUUUUGCACACGAUUGAUGGGUUUGCAGAAAAUUUUCUCAGCUACAACAAGUGUUAUUGGUUUGUUUAUAUCUGUGGACUAUGGAUUGUGUGAUGAAUUCCACUGCCAUGGAAAUGUGAUUUCUUUUAAAGAGAAAAUGUCCCAUACCGGUUGGCAAGGACGGGCAUUUUGGGCACUCAUCUAUACUUUCGGUAUAUCACUAUGGUCUCUGCAUAUAGCUUUACUUGAAGGAUGUUUCGUUGAUUCUAAUGAAACGAAUUCAAAGCAAACAAAUUUUCUCAAGACAAUAUCCAAAUUUGUAUCUAGCCAUGACGAUCAACAGAAAAUUUUAAAUGAUGCAUUAUCAAGAGAUAACGAUUUAGAAACUUCGACAAGUAAAAAAAAUAUGCAUCCUAUGCAUGUUGCUAUGUGGGUGCAUAUUUUUGGUACAAUAUUCGCCUUAUUUUUUGGCUAUGUCGAUGUGUUUCCAAUUACAGGCACUCAAAUCAAAACAUUUACUGAGCAUUGGAUCGAAUCAAAACAUACGUUUCAGUGUCAUUUAAAUAUUUCCUCAUCCAACACUGUCAAUUUCGAUUUAAAUUCCAACAACACUUCGAUGCAAACGACAAUAAUGAAAUCCAUCUCAAAGUCGCCACAGCAAAACAUUGACAUUAAUCUCGUCCAUAAGGGUAUUAGCAUUCAUCCAAAUAGAACAUCAAGAUCAUCUCCAAUUGAAGCAAACAAACAUCAGCAUAAAAUUUCACACUUGAAUGCCUUUCUAAAGUACAAAAACACGACCUCGAAUCAUCUGCCUUCAAAGUCUGGCAAUCUAAAAACUGUUGGACACAAAAACAUUAAAGUAGACUGUAGCCAAAAUAGUGGAUUUUAUGCUCUCAUAUUAAUCUGUACCUAUGUGGGCUUUGUAGCGUGCCUAUUCAACUUUUUAAGUAUCUCACAAUCUGCAGUGUUUACUGUAGCAAUGGCAACAGGGACACUUCCCUUUACUGGACUUUUUUGGUCCUUCUAUAAAUUGGAUACCCGAAAUGGCCUUAAUGCAGCAAUCGUCUGGGCACCAUCUGUGUCAGGAGAACUCAUUUGUUCUCUGCUCGGAACACCGAUUGUGUUUUUAGGGAUCGUUUUCCUAUUUAAGUCGCACUACAGUGAUAUGCUGAAACAAUCGCAUCGAUCUAGCCACCACAAGGAGUUGGUCACAUAGAACCCGAGAAUUAUACAGGAAAAAUAAAUAAUUAUUUUUUUGUUCUAAGAACACUCAAAUGCUUAUGCUACGUCUAGUAGUAGAAUAUGAGUUUGUGAAUCAAAUUUUUAAAAUAUUCCUCACCCUUUAAAUUAUGUGUAACAAUAAAAAUCUUAAAUGUGUAUGUAAUAUAAAAAAAAAAUUAUAAAAAAUUUGUGAACGUUUUAUAUGUUAUUUAAAAAAAGAGUAAAAAAAAAAAACAAAAAAUUAUAUAAAAUUUUAUACAUGAGGAGUCCUGUUGCGUCUCAUAUAUUUACUGAUAAUGAUAUAAGAAGUCCAGAUACACUUAUGUAUAUUCUCAAAUGUUAUAAAUGUUAAAUGGUCAUUGUUAAAAAAAAAAAAAUACAUUGUAAACAUAUAUAUGGGAAUAAAGUUCGUGU